AUGAGUGCAACAACAUCUCAGCCAAGUGAAGGGGACUGGCUAGAGCAUAAGAAUCUGAUUAGAGAUGAGUAUCUAGUCAACAACACGUCGCUUAAAGAUUUGAUUGACUUAUUGAGAGCUCACGGGCUACACGCGUCGAAAUGGCAGCUCGAAGUUAAACUCAGGAAUUGGAACUUCUCCAAAAACAUCGACAAGGAGACAUGGCAGUACGUUGAUCGCCAGAUUCGCAAGCGCAAAGAUGAGGGAAAAGACAGCGAUGUCAUACACUGUGGCAGGAGAUUGAAAAAGCUCAAGGUCACGAAAGAGACGAAUCGUCAUCGAGAAAUGGACGUCCUUGCUCGAUUCAGGCCACACCCCCCAUCUCCGAAGAAUCCACAGCUUAGCAUUUGUACUCCACCGACUUUCCAGAUGAGUUUCGAGUGGCCGUCGUCUCUACCCUGGCUCCACUUGCAAAAGACCUCGUGGAAUACGAACGCCACCGUUUCCGAAAGCAUGAAAAUACAACAAAUGUGUCAAAUUAAUGCUGCGCGGUCACUGGUGAUGGCUCUGCUGACUCGCGGUCACGAGUCCCAGUCAAUCUCUCUGUCGGAGGUAAUAACAGGUACCAACAAUUUGAUGCCUGAAUGCCAUCCUGAAGAACACGUUAGGACCGCUCAAAAUCUGCUUGCUGGUCCAGCUUUCGAAUCUCUGACUGAAUGUUUGAAGGUCGUGGUCUAUACGAUGUCCAAUUCAAUAUUGAUCGAGGGCAAUCAGCAAGUGGAAUUGUUGUCCAGUCUCAUUGAAUUUAGGAACAUAGACAUAAAAACUCACCUGAGGAAACUUCGAAAUGAGAGCCCGACCAUCCGGGCAUUUCUCGAGAGGUUGUUCCAUUCAGAAAUCGAAGACGCGACUUCGAGCCUUGGUCAGAGCAACGUACCAAGACCACUACAUCUCCUCACCUGGCUCUUGGAACUUGGACAAGAUCCUAACUACUAUUAUAGUAUAUUCAUAUAUCAAGAUCGGACGUCGAUCACUCCUAUUCAGAAGGCAGUUCACUCCGGUUACCUCGAGCUUGUUCAGCUACUCUUACGCUUCCAUGCUCGACCUGAUCUUGCUCAGGGCAGCACUUAUGACGAAGCGCUCGUGAACCUGGCUCUGGAUAGCCGAUGUUCUGAUGUGGACAAAGUACGAAUAAUAGAAUCGUUGUUCGAUCAUAAGUUUCUCAGCAUAGAUGAAAUACUCCGUGCAGCGAUCGAAUUGCGCAAUACAGCAUUAAUGCGGAGGAUCCUACAGUAUGGUCCCGAUGUUACAAGUUACGAGACCUCCUGGCUCCACCCAGCAGGCCGGAGGAGACAGAAAGACUUCAAACCUCACUUGGGAACGACAUCAGCUCUCAUGAUGGCGGUCGAGGUGGGAGACGAAAUAGCGGAGCUUAUGCUAGACUACGUUUCGCAGAACUGCCAGCCUGCACCUUCAGUCCUCGCAGAUGCGUCUCUCGCCGCAGUCUAUGGAGGGCAUUAUGCACUUAUGCUGCGACUUGACGCAAUCCAUGUUCCCGGAAAACUUUUUAAUGCCUUCGGAAUUACGCCACUACAGGCAGCAGUGGUUGGCGGUAAUCCAUUCGUGUGCAAAUAUCUUCUCGAACAGCAUGGAGGUUCAUCCGCCUCGCUGAUACUUGCCGCAGCCAUUCUUGGGAACGUUGAAAUAGUGCAGCUACUCAUCGAAUGUGGGGGCCUGGGCGACCCUAACGCCCUGCUUUGCAGGCUGGACAACGAAUGGUAUGAUUACUUCAACAUUCCCAAUAUUGCGCAGGGCCUUCCGCUGGCUAUGUUGACCGCGUUGCUGCGAUGGAAAGAUCAUGAGGAUUUGACAGAAGAAGUUUGCAUAGUAUUGAUUGGGAACGGAGCGACUCUUGAGCCUGGUAACGUGGCGGAGCUUUCGCGGCGUGGCUAUCACCGAUGUUUGGAAGUUGCACUUAGGGCUGGCGGCAACCCGAACGAUGAGGAUGGAUGUAAACACACCGCACUUCAAUGUGCUUUGGCCAGUUCUUGGCCCUUAGAUGAAAAGGAGGACACAACUUCGAGGCGGUUCCUCACUGUUGAGCUUCUGAUAAACGCGGGAGCCAAUCUUAGAGGCGGUGAAGUUGUCAGAGCUAUUGAUCUUCACGAACAGGACCUAGUAUUUUGUCUUUUGAGGAACCAUGGGACCUUGAAGGAUGUUGAUGAAAUGGGAAAAGGUUGUCUCGAGGCCGAAAUACAGGCUCAAAACGAUUCAUCCAUCCAGGACAUCCUCGAGAUGCAGGAGUAUCCAAUCGAUGCAGGACCAUUCUGUGCGGCAAUUCUCAAAAAGGAUUGGGAUCUUGUGGGAAGGCUCUUUGAAAAGGUGCAUAUACCGACAAAUUGUCACCUCCUAGAGGGAACCGCCGUGGGGCUGGCUGCUGAGGCGGGUGAGCUUGAUAUCUUGAACAAGCUUCUUGCCCGAUUUAGCCACCUCUCAGUUCUAGAGUCUGCAAUCCUUCCCAUUAGCAUCGACGAAAGGGAAAUAAAAGUUCUUAGGCGGUACCGUGACGGGUCAGCCUACUGGCGUACAGCCACUGAUGAAGACAGAAUCGAGGGGAGUCCUCUUGCAUUGGCCGCUCUAGGUGGUCACACUUGUGGGUUCAGACAGCUCCUUUGCCACGGUUGCAGUAUGGACAGAAUAUCCUGGAAAGUUGUUGCGGAAAGUGAGAGAACAUCUGAAUAUUUGGAGGUUCUGAGAGAGCUUGGUACCAGCAUCGGUAUUUCCACACGGUACGACUCGGAAUUGAACCCAGCACUUUGCAGCGCAAUCGAGAUGGGAAAGCGUGAUCUAAUGAGGUAUUUGGUGGAAGUGGGAGCAGAUAUCAAUGAGCUGGACGUAUCAUCAAAGUCAUCCAGAUCGCCACUUCAGACCGCUCUGCUAAAAGAUAACAUGAAUAUGGCAGCAUAUCUUCUUGAAAACGGAGCUACCGUUAACGUCGCCUCAGCAUUUGACCUAGGUUCGACUGCUCUUCAAUGCGCCGCAUCACGCGGUCAUAUUGGAUUUGCAGUACGGCUGCUUCAGCUCGGUGCCAGAGUCAACAAACGGGGAUCAGGCAUGUUCGCCAGAUCAGCUUUAGAGGAGGCGGCGGAACAUGGGAGACUUGACAUGCUGGCACUCCUCCUUCAUUAUGGUGCCGUUACAACAGGGCGGGGCCGUCAACAAUUGGUUCUUAGUGUUGUCUUUGCUCAGUCGGAGGCACAUCACUGUAUAGCCAAGUGGCUAAAGGAUAAAUGCGGUUGGACUGACGCGGACCAGGACCUUUCAGAGCGUGUCGAUGCGGAAGGGAGUAUGGUAGCCCUAUGGUUAUUCCUGGGCCUUCUUGCCCUAAGCACAGAGAGCGCUGCCGAUGGUCCCUGCGAAACGUCUCUUGGAUCAAGUGCCGUCGAUACCAUUCACACCAGCACAACCACCUGGAAGGGAACUAUAACUAUAACCGACAAAAUUAUUAUUCAAACGGUUCCUCUUAACGUCACCAAGUCUAAAGCCAGACUCUCCCGGGUGACUGUAACCGACAAGAGUGCCAGUCAACGUAACAUCACUGUUGGUAAUAAUACUAGGCCAACUGACAUCAGAGCGAACCCUUCCACUGUCGGUAUCACCAAGACAACUACUAUCACAACGACAUUCACGAAGCUGGCUACAGUCACUGCAUAUCCUGAAGCCAAAAUAGCCAUCAUAACGGUUACCAUGACGGUCUGGACAGCUAUCAACGAGACUCAAUAUCCUGCAGGCCUUGCUACUACGGUGACUACCACUGUCAAUCCCAUCCAGACGGCACUUACCAACGUGACUAAAACUAUCACAGCCGAUGAGUCAGUCACACUGGAAAGACGAAUUCCCCAAAAGACGCACUACCAAGUCUGCGAUCAGAACAGUUCCAAUUAUCUCUCCUGGGCACCAGGAGCGAAUCCGUCAGACAAACGCAUGAUCAAAGAAUUCUCCCGCCAAGACCAUGAAGUAAACCCCACCGAGAUAAAAGUCAGCGAUCGCGUCGCUUGCUGCAACGAAUGCAUGAAGCGAAAACACUGCCGCGUCAGUUUCUGGGGAAGACCCCCCGGCGCAAUACGAAAAGCGCCACACAAGUGCUAUCUGUACAUCACGGUCAACUGGCGGCAGUGUAUGGACGGGGCUCAGCCGCUGUAUGCAAGGUACAUGGCCGACCUGCAGGCGCUUGAUCCGAUUACGGCGCCGUGGUUCAUUUUCAGCAAUGGGCCAUGCGGACAGUUGAAGUUUGGGGGGGUCAAAAAUGAUAAAUGGCAUAAACCGCCGAAGCAUGACGGUUUUGACAAAUGGAAAGUUCUAGACGCGAACAGAAAGAAAUAUAAGAAUGAUGAUUGGUAG